GGCCAGUAUUGUCACUUUUAUAGGUACUGUUUAUUCGUUUCGUUCGGCGUCUUUGCACAUCACCAGAGUUAUACACAUGCGUGUUUUCCGAACCAUCCUCCCGGCCGUGUCGGCCGUGCUGCUUGCGUUCGGAGCCGACGCCCACCCCGGACAAGCGGUUCGUUCCUUCGGUUCCCCUUCCGAAACGAUCGAACAGCGCCAGUUGGGAGGCUCCUUGGCCCUCGUUGAGGGCGAGGAACUCUUCACUUUCGCCUAUUCUACCCCGGAGCCAUACGGCACGAACUGGAUCGGCCUGUAUCGUGCCUCAGGGGGUGGCCCUGUGAACGAAGAGUAUACUGCGCCGUCGCUCGCGUGGUCAUACGCACCAGAGACCCAGGGCACAGUACGUUUGUCCACCGGUGGAUUGGAGCCUGGAGAUUACGUAGCCUUCUUUCUCGCCCGGGAUGUCUACAAGUGGCUCGCGGAGCCACUGAACGUGACCCUGCCUAAACCGCCUCCCAAGCCCCUUGCCUUCCGGGUGAGCGAGGCAACCCUGCACAACGCUCGCCAAGGAGAUCCUUUCGAAGCUCACAUCGCAGGCUUCGUCAGCGGCCCGGAUGAUGGUUCGGUCACGUUCUCCAAGGUAGAUGGCGCCGACUGGGUCGAGGUUAGCCACGACGGCGUCAUCACCGGUACGCCCGAUCUCCAAGACGCCGACGCCACCGUGACGGUCGUGGCGUCAGUGCAGUCGACUAGCUCCAACGAGACCACGGCCUCCAUCCGUCUCACCAUUCCCGUCCGUCCUGCCGGCGCACCCCUCGUCGAGACCCUCCGCGUGCUGUCGUUCAACAUGCGGAUGGGCGGCACUCGCGUCAACGGCUACCACGAGAAGCAGACACGGUUCCUCUUAGAAAGCAACGUCGAUAUCGUCGGCCUUCAGGAGGACCAGAACGGCGGUCGUCACGCCGAACGGCUGGCCAAGGCCCUAGGCUGGCACCGCUGGUCCAGCCCCGGUAGUGUCGGCGUGCUGAGCCGGUACCCUGUCGCCGAGGCUUACGGCCAGGUGGUCGGGGGCAACUCGGCCGGGGUCCGGAUCGCCCUCGACGGACCCUCGCAGCAGGUCAACGUCUGGGUCGUCCACCUCGGGUACACGCCCUACGGGCCGUACGAUUUCUGCUUCGACGGCAUGGACGUCGACACGGUGCUUGGGCGCGAGGCCGUGUCAGGCCGCACGCCGCAAAUCACCAACACCCUCGCCGCCAUGCAAAGCCAGCUGGACGCGGCCCACAAGGUGCCCGUCCUGCUCCUGGGCGACUUCAACGCCCCGUCCCACCUCGACUGGACCGAGGCCCUGCGGGAGAAGAACUGCGGGUUCGCCGACGUCCCCUGGCCCACGUCGGUCAAGCCCGCCGAGGCCGGUCUGGUCGAUUCCUUCCGCGCCGCCAACCCGGACCCCGUGGCCGUCCCCGGCAUCAGCUGGUCGCCGCUGUUCCCCUUCCACGACGGCGCGACUGGCCGGCCCGAGCCGCAGGACCGUAUCGACUUUAUCUACCACAAAGGCAGCCUCACCGUUGUCAAUUCGAAAGACGUUGUCGUGGGCGAACCUCGGCCGUACCCUUACCACCGGGACAACGAGUGGACGUCCGACCAUGCUGCCAUGUUGACCAGCUACAAGAUCUUGCCCCGUUUGUGCGUCCCUCGGCCUGGACGAGCUAGCGAAUUAUGAAAGGCGGUCAUAAAUCUGCGAGGACCGACUAGACAUUCUGUACAUGAGUAGAGAGUGUUGAAAUGGGAGAGAAAAAGGAGCCCGACCGUCUUGAAUAGAGGAUAUGAAGUAG